UGCGCGUGUGUGUGUGUGUGGUAGAAGGGGCAGUCCUGCUUUUAGGAGGAAGUAGGGGGUUGUGUGUGUGUGUGUGUGUGUGUGUGUGCGCGCGCGCGUGUGUGUGAGCUGCAGUGUCGGGGCUGAGGGGCCAGUCAGUCUGCUCAGAGUCACGGGGAGCGCGCACACACACUCCGCGCCGCUGCGCCUCCCACACAAACACACACACGCUCUCUCUGAAUCGCGCGCGCAGCAGUGUGUGUGUCGUGCUUGGAGCUCGUGCAUGGAAGGAAGUCUCAGCACGGCGCUUCAUCACACUUUAUCCUCACCCUCCACAUCUUCACUGUCCGCGGGCACGCGCAGGAGCCGAGGACGCACCCCGGGAUUUAUCAGGAUGCGCGCGCUGUGAGGAGACCCUGCCAACCCUUGUGGAUUACCGCGAGCCUGUCCGUGCCCGUGCGCGAGCCCGAGCGCCAACAUGACCGUCCCCGUCCCCCCCGCUGCCGCUGUGCUCGUGCUGUGCGCCGUGUUCGUGCCCCUGCCCCGUCCCGCCGCACCGUCCGCGCCCGGAAAGCUCGUGCGCUACCGCGUCCUGGAGGAGCAGCGCGUGGGCACCGUGAUCGGGCGGCUGCUGGAGGACGCGGCGAGCGCGCUCUCCGGUCUGCCAAGCUCCGUCUCUCCUCGCUUCCGCGCCAUGGACGGCUCGGGCACGCCGCUGCUCUCUGUGCGCGAGGAGGACGGUGAGAUCAGCGUGGCCUCGCGCAUCGACCGGGAGGCUCUGUGUGCGCAGCAACCCAACUGCACCGUGGAGCUGGACGUAGCCACACUGCCCACCGAGCACCUGCGCCUGUUCCGCGUGCGCGUGGACGUGCUGGACGUUAACGACCACGCGCCGCGGUUUGCGCGCUCUGUCGUGCCCGUGGAAAUCUCCGAGAGCGCCGCUGUGGGAACCCGCGUGCCGCUGGACGGUGCCUGGGACCCGGACGUGGGCGAGAACGCGCUGCGCUCGUACUCCCUGGCGCGCAGCGAACACUUUCGGUUAGAAGUGCGUGCGCGCGCUGAUGGCUCUCGCCGCGCCGAGUUGGUGGUGGCGCGCGAGCUGGACCGGGAGGCGCGCGCCUCGCACGAGCUCCAGCUGACGGCAGCGGACGCGGGAACCCCGCCGCGCACCGGCUCCACGCUGCUGCGCAUCCGCGUGCUCGAUUCCAACGACAACAGCCCGGCCUUCGAGCAGCAGGCGUACGCCGUGAGCGUGCCCGAAAGCGCGCCCCCAGGCACUCUGCUCGUGGACCUGAACGCCACGGACCCGGAUGAGGGCAGUAACGGGAAGGUGGUGUACUCCUUCGGGCCGCACGUGCCUCAGAAGAUCCUGGACACCUUCCGCAUCGACUCGGAAACCGGACACCUGACUCUGGUCAAAAAGCUGGACUACGAGGCGUCCUCGUCUUAUGAAAUCGACGUCCAGGCUCAGGACAUGGGGCCCAACUCUGUGCCAGGUCACUGCAAGGUUGUGGUCAAGGUUGUAGACGUGAACGACAACAAGCCAAGGAUCAAUGUCAACCUCAUGAGCCAGGGGAAGGAUGAGGUGGCCUACGUGUCGGAGGCGGCGCCGGUGGACACCUUUGUGGCUCUGGUGCGAGUGGACGACAGCGACUCAGGCCCGAACGGCGAGGUCACCUGCCGACUCCACGGGCACGGCCACUUCCGGCUGCAGAAGACGUACGAGAACAACUACGUAAUCCUGACCAACGUUUCUCUGGACCGGGAGAAGCGGUCCGAGUACAGCCUGACAGUCAUUGCCGAGGACCGCGGCUCACCGAGCCUAUCCGCGGUGAAGCACUUCACGGUGCAGCUGCAGGAUGAAAACGACAACCCGCCGCGCUUCGAGAAGGGUCGCUACGAGAUUUUUAAGUCCGAAAACAACUCUCCCGGUGCCUACCUCACUACGGUGGUGGCCGACGAUCCAGACCUGGGUGCCAACGGCGAGGUGACCUACUCUAUAGUGGAGAGCCAGAUCCAAGGGAGCUCCAUCUCCACCUAUGUGACCAUAGACCCAUCCAAUGGUGCCAUAUACGCUCUGAGAAGCUUCGACCGCGAAGAGGUGGGCCGGCUGACCUUCACUGUGCAAGCACAAGAUGGAGGAGGUGGAGCAUCUCUGAGCAGCAACACCACUGUGGUCAUUACCGUGCUGGACGAAAAUGAUAACCCUCCAGUCAUCGUUUCGCCAUUGCUCAGCAACCGCACUGCUGACGUGCCGCUGUGGAGGCGGGCAGAACCAGGGCACCUGGUCACAAUCGUCAAAGCAACUGACCGGGAUUCUGGGGCUAACGGUGAGCUUAGCUGCUCCAUUGUUGGUGGAAACGAAGAAGGGCUGUUCCUCAUGGACCCACGGAGGUGCGAACUUAGAACCAACACCAGCAUGGAGGCUUCACCAAGGGACACUUUUGACCUGGCCAUUCUGGUGCAAGACCGCGGCACGGCUGCACGACUUUCUGCCCGUGCCGUCCUCCACAUCAUACUGCGUGACCACCCCGAGUCCUACCCUAUCGUGCCCCUACCUGAUGGCACAGGCCAGACCCCAUUGGACAUCUCCACCAUUGUUAUCAUCUCCCUCGGUGCCAUCUGCGGUGUGCUGCUGGUGGUCAUGGUGGCAUUCGCCACGCGCUGCUCUUCGCGUGACCAGAAGGACCCACGCCACUCGUACAACUGCAGAGUGGCCGAGUCCACCUAUCAGAACCACCCCAAGAAGCCGGCCCGGCAGAUCCACAAAGGCGACAUCACCUUGGUGCCCACUGUGAAUGGGACUCUGCCCGUGAGGGCGCACCCUCGCUCGCCAUCCGCCUCACCUGCACCAGAGAUCCGGCAGACCCACCAUAGCCGCCAGUCGCUCAACAGCCUCGUCACCAUCUCGUCCAAUCACGUGCCAGAGAACUUUGCCCUGGAGCUCGCUCACGCCACCCCUCCUGUGGAGGUAAGAGAGAGAAGUCAAGUCUCACAGCUUCUGUCCAUACUUCAUCAGGGCCAGUACCAACCCAGACCCAGUUUCCGUGGCAACAAAUACACUCGGAGCUACAGGUACGCUUUAAAUGAGAUGGAUAAGUUCAGUCUGAAGGACAGUGGCCGAGGGGACAGUGAGGCUGGAGACAGUGACUGUGAGAUGGGCAGGGAGUCACCUCUUCUGGGAGAGGGUUUCAGUGAGCUCUUCACUCCUGAUGGACAGCACAGACUACACCCAGCGAUGAAGUUCUGUACGGACGAGUGCCGAGUCCUGGGUCACUCCGACCAGUGCUGGAUGCCCCCUCUGCCCUCCCCGGCUUCGUCCGAUUACCGCAGCAACCUGUACAUCCCCGGCGAGGACCCCCAGCAGAGCCCGGCGGCCCCGGAGGCCCCCCAGUCUGGAGAGUCCACCUUGAGGAAGAAGAGCUUCUCCACCUUCGGCAAGGAGAGUGAAGAGGAGGGUCAGGAAGAAGGCGAGGUGGAGAAAGGAGAGGACCUGUGUGGGACCACCUCACUGCUGUCGGAAAUGAACAGCGUCUUCCAGAGGCUCCUCCCCUCGUCCAUGGACUCCUACAUGGAGGUCGGAGAGACCGGGGCGGCGCCGGCCUGCCCGCCCGGACUGGGGUCCCUGGAGAGGAGGAAAGGUCACCUCCCAGGUAAACCGAGCCCCGCCUCCUACCAGCAGGGCGUGGCCGCAUGGGCCGCCAAUACGCACUUUCAGAACCCUGGCCACAGCCACGCCCCGGCCAGUCACAUGACCGCCCUGGUGGCGCCUCUUCCCGCACCCCUGCCCACACCUGUGCAGGUGUCGAGCUCCUGUUCCAAGUGGCUGCCGGCCAUGGAGGAGAUCCCCGAGAACCACGAGGAGGACGAGCUGGAGUCGGUGCUCGGACACCUGCAGGGCAAACGCUGCGACAGCCGCAGCGAAAUCAUGGACGCCAGCGAACUCGUAGCCGAGAUCAACAAACUCCUGCAGGACGUCCGGCAGAGCUAGAACACUCAGGCCACUAGGGGGCGUAAUAUCUCGUAAUAUUGUGUUGCAAUAUUACCGAGGUUCUUGGAGAAGCUAGACGACUUAACACUGCCUUCACGCUGUCGUCGGACGCUCCUGUUUCCUGUUUACGUACUUCACGUACUCGUGUUUACGAAGCGUAUUUUUUACGAAGUAUUUGCAUUCAAGUACUUUGUACUGUAUGUCGUGAGCAUGGUUAGCUAGGUGGCUAGCUUGUUACACAGAUGUCUACAACCUACGGAGUGGGGUUUAUGGUAAAAAUUAAAAAAUUACAAAUAAAUAUAUAUAUAUAUUAUAUCCCGAUAUUUAAAUUAUUUUUUGUGUUAUGUUAUGUUAUGUUAUGUUAUGUUUAUAUUUAUUGCGAUAUUUUGACACUCAUAAAAAUGCACCAGUAGUAGAAGAUUUGUAAACUAUCCAAAGCUUUGGCUGCAUUCCAUCGUAAAGUUGGAUAGUGUUCUUAUUCAGGUGAUAUUCAGGAUGAUGUUGUUUGUCAAGAUCAAAUUUAUCAUGAACAGGACAGAUUACGCAAUUUGUAACAACACAAAAAAAACGAUUGGAUGUUUAAGAUCAAAUUCAUGCAUUUUGUGUAUCAAGGUAAAAUUGAUCACAAUACAAUACAAUAUCAUCAAAUUAUCCACCUCUAUAAAGCCUAUUCAGUUACUGUUCAACUUGAUUUCUAUUCAGAAGUAGAAAGAAAGAAAGAAAGAACUGCCAAUAAGCGACCCAAUAUUUUAGCCGCCACAAUGUCAAAAAACUGUCAAAUGGUGAAAACCUAAACUCUGGUACCAAAUUGUUUUCCUUUUUUUUAACUUAUAAUAAUGAAGGGAUGUUCCUGUGCACCUGUAAGAUGGGGAACACGUGUUAAUGCUAUUUCUAAUAGCACAAGAAGGCAGAAUUCAUUCCAAAGUGACGACCACCCAGUAAGAAAUGUCCUUUAUCUUGUCAGGUUUAAAGUUUUCUGGGUAAACGGAGAAAUCCUGCUUGCUGAAAUAUAUAAAAACUCUCUGAGAGGAAAAAGGAACAGUAAAGAAAUAACAAUAAUAAUAAUGAAAUAAAAAUGCCAUAUUAUUUUGUAUUUUUUUUAUACACGCAAGGGAUAAAGAGUAUUUAAAAAAUAAUAAAAACAAAAAUGGAAUAAAAAAAGAGAAAAGCAUCAAAGACCUGCAAUUGUCGUUAAAGUUGCGUUUUUCUGAACGUUACGUGUUUUGUGAAUGCUAAUUAUCCAAAAAAUGUAUGAAAUUCCUGUUCGUUUGUUUUAUAUUAUGUUUUUUUGUUUCGUUUUGUACACAGUGUACACAAUGUGAGUGUAUUUAUCUUUGUAUUUUAAAAAUACAAUUUGUAGUCUUUAUAUUUAUAUUAAAAAAAGAACGCCGUGUACAUACAUUUAAACAAUCAGAGUUCUAUUUUUAUAUUUUGAACUUUUUUGCAUGUUGGGAAAAUAAUCAAGGCCAACAUGCCUGUGUAAAUAGUCCUAUUUAUGAAGAAGGAAAAUCCUGUUUUUAUGUUCUUGUUACACAUUAUUAUAUAUUAUAAGUAUAUUGAGAAUGUUGUGUUACGGGGAGGGGCGCAUGUUGGGGGUUUUGCUAUUUAUAUAAUUGUGUAUUCUUUAUGUACUGUGUCAAACUUUAUGUUUAUGUUAAAUUGAUGGGAAAUAAAAAAAUGUCAAAUCUG